CACGACAUUCUUUAAUUGCCCUUGGGCCACAUUCAUUCUUUUAGUUUGACCUCGCUUCUCUCGCUAACCGCCAGAGGUCUAGUCACUCUUUAAUAAUCGCUCUUGUCACUCGCUUCGCAAUGGCGCUCCGCUCUAUUGCCGCCAUCGCCCUCCUGGGCCAGGGCUCCAUGGCUCAGCUGAUCCCCAUUCCCCUUCCCGUCACCGUCGGCCUUACCACAACGAUUGCAGGCGUCGGCGUCGGUGCCAGUGUCGGCCAGAGUGUCAGUGUCAGUCUCGGUGUCGGCGGUGUUGCCACCGUUGCUGCUGGUGUUGGAUCCACGGUCGCCGCUAAUGUUGGUGCUGCCGGCGCAACCGUCACUGCUGGAGUCAACUCUGCAGGCGUUGGAGCCUCUGUCGGUGUUGGCGGUGUCCCCAUUAGCGUCGGAGCCGGAACCGCCGGAGUCGGCGUCGGUGUUGGCGGUGUUCUCACUGUUGGUCUCGGUAGCAACGGCCUCAGCGUUGCUCUUCCCGUCGCGACUGUCAAUGUUAACCCCGGAGGCCUUCUCACAACUCUUCUCGGAGGAGGAACUACCGUGAUUACGCCCGCGAUUGGAUCUACAACCGUCAGUUCUGUCGCUUCCAGCGUCACCACCACUUUGGCAGUAGCCACCUCAUCCUCAACGGCCCCAGCCAGCACGGGUGCUUCCACAGUCUCCUCGGCUUCCACCGGUGUCACCAGCGUGGCCUCUGUCUCCACCAGCGUUGGAUCUGCCACGACCUCUGUUGGCACCACCAGCGUCGCUUCUUCCUUCACCUCGACUCUUGUCUCUACCUCCAGCUUCGUCAGCGGCGGCAGCACGUUCUUGACAACCCUCUCCAGCGUCACCUCAGGCGUCACCAGUGUCCCUUCGGUCACCACGAGCAUUGGAUCAGGCACCUCUUCUGUCAUCACCACCAGCGUUGCCUCUUCCUUCACCUCCACGUUCGUGUCCACGUCGAGCUUCACUAGCGAUGGCAGUACCUUUGUCACAACCAUCAGCUCAACUUCCGAGGGUGUCACCAGCGUUCCUACCACGUCCACCAUUGACACCCAGACUUCUUCCUCCAGCUCCAGUGCUGCUGCGUCUUCUAGCGCGGCUGUCAACCCUCUGACUGUCGGUGAUGCGAGCUACCUUGGCUGCUUCAGCUCUCCUUCAAGCUUCCCUACCUUCGUUCUCACCCAGUCUGCCUCGUCCAUGACCAUCGAGCGCUGCGUUGCUGCUUGCCCUGGAAGCAAGUACAUCGGUCUCUUCAGCAAUGAUUGCUUCUGCGGCACCACUGUUGACUCUGUCAAUGAGGUUUCCGUCCCUGAUGACCAGUGCAACAUCCCCUGCGGUGGCAACAACGCUGAGCGCUGCGGUGGCCAGGCUGGACUGACCAGACGUCAAAUCAUUGGCCUCAACGUCCGAUUCACCAUCUACAUCCGUCUCGGUCUUGCUGGCGGAACUACCGCGUCUGCGACUGUCACGACUUCUUUCACGACCACGACUACUGGAACCGUCACUUCUUGCCCUCCUGGACUCACGACCUGUGACAUCGGAUCUCUUACCACCGGCGUUACCACCGUCACGACCACCUACUGCCCUACUGAGACUCCCGCUCCUAACCCUUGCAGCAACGGACAGUGCUUCGGCCAGCACUGCUACGGCGAUGACUGCUACAAGAAGCUUGUCUGCUACGGUGACUACGUCAGCUUCGACUACCCCUGCUACGGUGAUGAGUGCCGUCGCCGUAUUGUGUGCGAGGAUGGACUCUGCCACCCGGAGACUUGCAGUGGAUAUGACUGUGGCCGCAAGAUCAUCUGCAAGAGCGGACUCUGUGGAUACUCUCAGUGCCAGGGAGACGAGUGCACCAAGGAGAAGAUCACCUGCUACGGUAACGCCUGCAAGAUUGAGACCUGCUCGGGAGACGAAUGCUACAAGAAGUACGUCUGCACCGGCGAUAUGUGCGAGCACGAGACCUGCCCCUACACCGACGUCAACAAGAAGUACGAGUGCACCGACGACAAGUGCAAGGUCGUCACACCUUGCAACGGUGAUUGCCCCAAGCCCCAGCCGCCGAGCACCCUCCCGUACCCCACCGGCACCGCCCCGGCCAUGCCUCCCGCUAGCCCUCCGGCGAACCCUCCGGCGAACCCUUCGGCUAUGCCCACGGCUACUCCUCCUGUCGGCCAGCCUCCCCUGAACCCGUCCGCUCAGCCUCCUGUCGGUCAACCUCCUGCCGACUCUGCUCUGCCUCCCGUUGGUGCGCCUCCCUCUGGAGCUCCUCCCACCGGCCCUGCAGUCACACCCCCCGCCGGCCAGCCUCCCGCGAACCCUUCUGCGUCGGUCUCUCCUCCCGCCAACUCUGCUCUGCCCCCUGCUGGUCAGCCCCCCGCCGGUCAGUCUCCCGCCGGUCAGCCCCCUGCCAACCCUCCUGCCGGACAGCCUUCCGCCAACCCCACGGCACCCGGCGGGUAUGCUCCCGGAGGAGGUGCCAAACCCCCUGUUGUUACCGUUGCCGGUUCCAGCAGACCUGCUGUCUCGUACGGCUUCGUCAGUAUGGCCCUUGGCGCCGUUGCUGGAGUCGUCUUCCUGUUGUAAGAGAACUCGGUGACCAAAAGACUCUUCUUCUCGCAUAAUGGCUCUUCAUACCGAGGAGCUUGCUUAUUCACUUCUUCCAACGGACUCCACAUAUGGGUUGCGUUCCUUACAACAUUGGGUUCAUGGUUGACUUCAGGUCUAGCUAGGAAAGUGGCUGUUUCCAGACGGCUGUAGUAAUUGCUCUUGGUCCGUUCCAUUGCUUAAGCUUGGGUGUUUUUUGUGAUGUUAGAUUAAUCGGGGAUCUAAUGACUGAGAAUAUGAUGAAAUCAAUACGUUAUGCAAACCAAAA